ACGGCACCAUACGCCGAAGCAUUCUCCUACCAGUCGUUGCCGCAGUCGCUUGUGACACGGUUGCAACAGUUGAAAGUAAAAGUGGUUCCAGCAAGUAAAAUGCAGAUGAAACUAUCACUCUUGGUUGUCGCGAGCGUGUUGGCGUGCGUGUGCUCGCAGCAGGCGCGGCCGCCGGUGUCCGACACUGCGCUCGAAGACGCGCUAAACGACAAGCGCUUCAUCCAGCGACAGCUCAAGUGCGCACUCGGCGAAGCGCCCUGUGACCCUAUCGGAAAGAGGCUCAAAACCCUGGCCCCGCUAGUGCUGCGCGGCGCCUGUCCGCAGUGCUCGCCGCAGGAGACCAAGCAGAUCCAGCGCACGCUGUCCUACGUGCAGCGCAACUUCCCCGCGGAAUGGGCCAAGAUCGUGCGCCAAUAUGCCGGCUGAACGCCUGCGAAUUUAAUUUAGUCGUUAGAGAGUCGUCGGCAUUGGCUACUAAUUUAUAUAAGUUUGAUCCCCGAAUCCAGUC